CUCAGGAUCUGGACGCCGCGACGGUACUAACCUAAUCUAGGUACCUACCUAUUCUCGACCACAACAAACAGAUGGUAUCUGAACACAACUCGCCUCGCUUGGCGGUGAUAUUACACAGUACUUUAUUACUUGCUGCCCCUCAGGUAUAUGAAUCAUCGGUCGACUGAGAGAGAAGUUGAAGCUGCUCACACCGCAUGCCUCUCCUUGCCAACCGGCCAGCCAGGACUCGGACCAAGAAACCACGCGUGUGGUCCCAAGGUACUUCAAGUCCGCGGCGAUCUCCGUACUAGUCCCCUCCUCCUCCUCCUGCUGCAAAAGAACUACCCUCUGCUCUUAAGCGGCUAACUACCGCUAACUCCUUUGAGAUGCCGUCAUCCCCAAGUUUUUCUCUAGAACCCUGGUCCCUCUAGCUGAAUGUUUUCUUAUAAGUCGCCUCUUUAGUCCUUUUCGCAAAGCCAAAGGCUUCGACCGGGUACUACCCGCGGCCAACUCCCGACAGGCGAAGCUACUUUUUUUUCUCCAGGGGCCAAGUUGUGAGGAGGCCAUUGUUCGACAUGUCACUGUUAUUAACGAACCUGUUCAUCCUCCCCUGAGUUUAUCCAUCCCGUUAUCAUAUCGUUGCAUUGUCCUCAGCCACAAUGGCCCGAGGCAGCCCCUCCGACCUCCGGGACAAGUCACCUUCCGAUCCCCGGUCAGGAGCCGAACCCGGGGCCGUGGCUUCGCCGGACCACACCGGCUCUGGGUCCAACAUGCCGCCCACCUCCCUUCAGAAGACUGCAUCACGAGCCUCGGCGGCACGGUCACACUCUGGCUCAACUGCCCGCACUCCAAAAUGGUGGAAGAUCCGCCUGUUCAAGGGCAUGGUCGGCGACCUGCGCCGCCGCGCCCCCUACUACUGGAGUGACUGGAAGGACGCCUGGGACUACCGUGUUGUUCCUGCCACUGUCUAUAUGUAUUUUGCAAACAUCCUCCCAGCCCUGGCCUUCUCCCUGGACAUGUUCACCCGCACCCACUCGCAGUACGGGGUCAAUGAGGUACUGCUGGCCUCGGUCCUCGGCUCCGUCGUCUUCUCCGUCCUCGCCUGCCAGCCGCUCGUCAUCGUGGGCGUGACGGGGCCCAUCACCGUCUUCAAUUACACCGUGUACGACAUCAUGGUGCCCACCGGGGUCAACUACCUGGCCUUCAUGUGCUGGAUCGGUCUGUGGGCCCUCGUCAUGCACUGGAUCCUCGCCGUCACCAACUCGUGCAACUGGCUGCGCUACGUCACCCGCUUCCCAUGCGACAUCUUCGGCUUCUACGUCGCCUUCAUCUACCUCCAGAAGGGCGUCCAGAUCCUCACCCUGCUCGGCGACCGCGAGCCCUUCUACCUGAGCGUCAUGGCCGCCAUGCUGGUCUUCUUCAUCGCCUACGCCUGCGGCCAGCUGGGCGCCAGCUCGCUCUUUAACCACUACGUCAGGGUCUUUCUCAAGGACUACGGGACCCCGCUGACCGUCGUCUUUUUCACCGGUUUCGUGCACAUCGGCAGGAUGAAGCAGGUGGACCUCGACAGCCUCCCCACGAGCGCCGCCUUCUUUCCCACCCAAGAUAGGGGCUGGCUCGUCCACUUCUGGGACAUCAGGGUGGCCGACGUGUUUCUCGCCAUACCCUUUGCGUUGCUGCUGACCAUCCUGUUCUGGUUCGAUCACAAUGUAUCAUCCCUCAUCGCCCAGGGCACCGAGUUCCCACUCAGAAAACCACCCGGCUUCCACUGGGACAUCUUCCUACUGGGCCUGACCACCGGCGUCGCCGGUCUUCUCGGCAUCCCCUUCCCCAACGGCCUCAUCCCGCAGGCGCCCUUCCACACGGAGUCCCUGUGCGUCACCAAGGUCGUCCACAGCGACAGCGGCGAGAACUCGGCCGGCGCCGGCGCCGACGACGAGGGCGGCGACAGGAAGGGCCACUGGGAGCUGCGGCGCACGCACGUGGUGGAGCAGCGCGUGUCGAACCUGGCGCAGGGCCUGCUGACGCUGGGCACCAUGACGGGCCCGCUGCUGGUGGUGCUGCACCUGAUCCCGCAGGGCGUGCUGGCGGGGCUCUUCUUCAUCAUGGGGUACCAGGCCCUCGAGGGCAACGGCGUCACGGCCAAGAUCCUGUUCCUCCUGCGCGACUCGGAGCUGACGCCGUCCGCCAGCCCGCUGCGCCGCGUCCGCCGCCGCUCGCGCGUCUGGCUCUUCGUCGGGCUCGCGCUGCUGGGCUUCGGCGCCACCUUCGCCAUCACGCAGACCGUCGCCGCCGUCGGGUUCCCCGUCUUCAUCAUCGCGCUCAUCCCCGCGCGCGCGCUGCUGCUGCCGCGCCUGUUCACGCCGCAGGAGCUCGCGGUCCUCGACGCGCCGACCGCCAGCCCGUUCACCAUGGAGAGCGUGGGCGGCACGUACGGCGGGGACACCCCCGACGUGGACGACGAGGGCGACGAUGCGGCGUCGUUUGCCGCUGCGGACGACGACGGGCAGAAUGGGAGCAGCGGUGCCUUGUUCGGGGGCCGGGAUGGGGGUGCUGAGGGUGGCGGCUUGGGACGGAGGAAGAGCGAGGCCGAGCUUGCUGAGCUGGGGGAGAGCAUGCGGAUGAGGAGGAGGAACAGUGGUGUUUUUGAAGGAGAGAAAUGAGAUGGUGCGUCUGUUGAGAAGGCGAUGUAAUGGGCAUAAAUGAAAUGGGUCAAGCUGGGGGGGGGGUUCUAAAUGGGCUUCGGUAAAGGCAUUUGCCAUUGGGCAACAGCACAUGUUCGGGGUUAUAUAUAAUGCAUAGAUGAACAUAAAUUGUAAUGUCAAGUCACGCA